GGGAUUGCCAACAUAACGACAAGAAACACACCCCCGAUCAAGUUUUUUCAACCCUCAUUUUAAACAUUUCCUUCGUUUGGACACACGAUUUUUACAAUUUCCGACUUUCCACACACGCCGCCUCCUGUACGACAUGGCAGAAACCAGCGCCCCCCAAAUUUGUAGGUUAUGUUUAGCAUUCACAAGAACCACUUUCUCUCUAGUUCAAUAUAACGAAGCAACGAUGUUGGAAGCUGUAACUUCUUUAAAGAUUUUACCAAAUGAUGACAUUUCGACUGUGAUGUGUCUAAAGUGUCACUUAAACCUCAAACUCGCCUUCACAAUCCGGCAAAAAAUGCUCAAGGCGGAGGAACGCUUUCGUGAACACAAGUGUUCAAUUCCGGUGAAAGAAGAAUGCGCUGACAAUGAAUUAAUAAAGGAAGAAAAUGUUGAAAGUAGUUACACUUGUGACAUUUGUGGCAAACGGAAAAACUCAAAGGCUAAUUUAAACAAGCACAUAAAACAUCAUCAAAGUUCAAAUUUGGGGAUAGAACUAGAAGAAAAAGAAAAUUAUGAUUACUGUGAAACUGAAGAAAAUGAGAGAGAACUUGAAAUAGAUGUAAAAGAACAUAUUCUACAAACUCCAGAGGUAGAAUUAAAGCAUAAACCGGCUUCAGGUGGUGACUACACUUGCGGCAUCUGCGGUAUAAAGAAACACUCAAGUAGUAGUUUAAGAAGCCACAAAUACAACGUACAUUUGAAACGGGAAUGCCCCAUAUGUACGAAAAAAGUGUGCCGGCAAUCUUUCAAGCGUCACGUCAAACUCCACACUGUCAAAAAACCAGUACAAGACACAGAAUUCACUUGUGACAUGUGUGGAAAAGUGAAGCCAUCCAAAGCUUUGCUCACUGACCACAGAAAUCGGGCCCACCAGGUCGUGGAAUGCCCCAUUUGUAACAAAAAAGUCAAGAAAUCUGGUUUAAAGUGUCACAUGGGUCGCCACGACACCUCCAAAGAGGGCGAACACACCGAAUACGUUUGUGAUAUCUGCGGAAAAAAUAAAUUUUCCAAAGGAAAUUUACGUCAGCACAAAUAUAACGUCCACGUGGAACUGGAAUGCCCAAUUUGUCGGAUAAAAGUGACCCAAACUAACUACAAACGUCACGUCGAACGUCACACUGACCCCCACGUUGUGUGUGAACUGUGUGGGGUCUCUUUCAAACAGCAAGAUUUACGCAAACACAUGGCCAACAACCACAGAGACCGCCGGAGUCACAAGUGCGAUUUAUGCGACAAAGUUUUCAAAACUAAGUACAAUAAGUUCUUACACGAGAAAAAACAUUCAGGUGAGGCAGAUUUCGUCUGCGACGUUUGUGGAAAAAAAUUCUAUCAAGCGUUUUAUUUGAAAAAACACGUCGAAAGUACGCAUAAUAAACUCAGACCUUAUAUCUGCGACUUCUGUAACGUCGGUUUUUCAAGCAGCCAUGCGCUGAAAACCCACCGGAGGACCCACACAAAUGAGAGACCGUACAAUUGUGAGUUCUGUGAUGAGGGAUUCAAGCAAAAAGUGUCGCUGCGGUCGCACUUGAAGUCGCAACACAACAUCACUGAAGAACUUAAGUGUGAAUGUACAGUGUGUGGGAAAAAGUUUGCGUCAGAAACCGCCCUACUCAUACAUAGCAGGGUUCACAAAUAAAUGCAAGUAUAUUUUUCUAAAUAAAGUGAAUUUUACUGAUC